GAAGGAGCAAGGUGGGAAGCCAGCGCAGCAAGCGGAGGAGAAGACCACAAGCCUCGUGCUGACACUGCCAGCACAGCUGUAGUGAGCUCCUCAGCCGGUCAUACUUCCACAUCGCUGGAGGGUGUGGAGAGCGUGGCGUGGGAGUCUUUGGCAUUUCGGCAAGACUUGUGGCCACUGCGCUCUUACGCUCACCACCCGGAGGAUAUCCCGUUGAUCUCAAAGUUUUUGGAGCUAACGCCGCUGACAUCAAUUGUUCCAGCUGCUGGGAAGCUUCUCUUGCGAGUCCUCAGGUUCCUGCAUAUGUGCGACUACCGCCUAGAGGACAUAUGCGCGAUCUUGGCGCAUGCUAGCGCCUAUUUUAUGGAUGUGUACAGCCAAUGUGCCGGAAUGCAGGCUACAGAGGUUGGGCACAUUCUGGCGACGUUGAUAUUUAUUGCUCAUUGUUAUGUCCAAGACGAGACUUGUCCAUUGAACAUAUGGCAGAAGCAUCUGUUCAAGAAGUACUGUUCGUUGAAAGUGCUCAACAUGGCUGUCAUCCGACUCUUGGAAAUCCGCCGAUAUCGGCUGCGAUUGCCCCAGGAUGAUUUGUGGAAGCGACUGGAGGCCUUGGCAAGCUCGAUUGCGACGUGCACGUCGAUCGACACUAGCUUCGGCAGGCCGCCGCCACUCUCCUCGGGCAGUCCAACAGCUCCUCAAGCACAGAUCGCCGGAGGCGACGACAGGCGAGAGGGACGCGGUUAUGACAGCUCUCAGAGGACCGGUGAACGUCCGCUGGCAAGCAGCAGUUUGCACGGCAAUGGUGCUUCCGGCAACCGGUCAGCGGGGGCUUCAGUGUUCGCAAGCAUCGCCCGCCGUACACUUAGCCGUAUCCGUGCCACUGAAGAUCGUGCGCGUGAUUUGAGCUCUCGCUUGCAGUCAAUGCCGCCGAUCUGCAAGUACAAAGGCUUCAUACCAGCUUCCCGAGAGUUGUGCGGUGAAACCUUCACACAGCAGUGCCUCAGUGCUCGGGAAACACCGAGAACGGCUGGCGGGGGCACCCCGUUCGAGGCAUGGGCAAAAACGGGAGUUGGUGCAGCAGGCAGAAUCGUGUGCCAGGGCAAGGGCUUGCGAGUGGACCUGCAGGAACAGCACGCUGCAGAGCAAUGCCGUGCUGGGCUGGCCACCAUCAUGUCUGCAAGGGAUAAGAGAGCUCCUUUUCUGUUGUCAGGCAAUCGGCAGCCUCGAAACCAGGCCAUUCAGCUAAGCUACAAUCCGGGCAGCCAAAGGACCCGAGCAGAUGCGACAUGCAUGGAGGCGGCAGGCGCGGUGUCGUUUUGUCGGAGGUUUGACCAAUUCCGCCAGGAGAACUAUCGCCGCGCAAUUUUCGAGGCCAUACGGAACAAUGAAAUGAGUGCCGGGAGGCAGCCACCAUGCUCAAGUAGGGAAGUGAAGGGGGAGGCCGUGUGGCCCAGCACCCAUCCAGGUGGCCCGGCCACCAUGGCAUGCCAAUUCAGUGAAGGAUGGAGUGGAACACCCAUGUGGCAGCUUGCCCAGGGCCGCGAGGAAACCAUGAGGAAGGAAAGAGAGGCAAGAGAAGCUCAAGCCGGGGACGUGCUUGAAAUUGAUAACGAGGCAGCAGGUUUUCGAAGCGUCUUGUACGUGUCGAGGAUGGUUGGAGACAAGUACGAUGACUCCAAGGUUCGGGGUCCUCGGCGGAAGACGCGAGCUCAAGCCAUCAAGGAUGGCCUCAGCUUGCGAAAUGCCUGCCGCGAUGCUCCAAAGGAUGCAAAGCUAGAAGCAGCACAGAGAAGGUCCGUAGAGUUGAUGUAUACGUUCUGGAAGCCAGAGGAGCUUCCCAAAGAGGACUUUGACUUCGAAGAGUCGGUGGAAAAGCCAAUGAGGUCCACUGUGUACACGGUGUCCAGUUCAACACCGAAAAAAGGCGUUGGCCAUGGAUCCAUUAAGAAUGUCCUUUUCGACAGUGCUGAAAGCAGAAGUGGUGAAAUCUUCUGCUGUGGCAGCAAUGUGUCCUUGGAACACUGGAGCGUCAGGAAUGAGCUUCUGAAGUUCAGCAACAAGAUGCUGAGCAAGCAAUGUGAGGUUGCCGAUGCUGCGGCGGUUAUCGAGAAAGUCAGGGUCUGCGACCCAGUCUUCGGGGAGGGCCGACCCGUGACGAUGAAAAAGCGGCCUGCGCUGAUGCAGCAGGCCAGUGCCGAAAAGCAGACGCAGAAAAUGGUAGCGGCGGAGGUGGAGGCACUGACGUGCCUCCUCAGUAGUGUCGCUCCAGGUUAUCUUAGCAUGAACUUUGGCAGUGCGAACAAUGCCGGCGAUGAGGUCCAGGUCCCCCAAUGCACACUGACCGUGAAAGCAGAAAGCAGGGAAGGAGGGCCCAAGGGCAUCAAAGAAGUGCCCAUGGAGAAACUCGCGCAGACGCUGACCCUGCACUUCCCUGACACCACGAAUGAGAAGUGCACCCACACGGUGAACAAACCCCCACGGAGGCAAACCAGAAGACAACAGGGCAAGGGGCACUCCCAGGAGCAGGCCAACUUUCUGACACCUAUCCUAGCAUCAAAAGAGAUAGAACCAGAGGGACCAGCCUUGGGCGGGGAACUCACAAUUUGUGCCUGGGCACCCGAUUUGAUGAAGGGCACUCAGCCCGCAUCCCGACUUCUGCACGGCCGAGACAGCAUUAUCGAAAUGAUUGAAGACAGGCUGCGCUUGGCAAGAAAGCCGCGCGGAAACGGUUGGCAGCGAGUCGGUGACAAGGCAGAACUGAAACUGGCUGUCGUUGGUGCUGUGCCGUUGCAGCCCCUUGGUUCCGGAAGCGAUGUUCGUACGUCGCACGUUGUUGCCAACGAUGGCUUUCCCGCGUCUGAGCCGCAACAUUUCUCUGUGGUGCAAUGGUGUGCAAGAUCUUCCGAGUUGCAGCCGGGCAGUGCAGUCGUGUGGCAGAGCCAAGAGCAUGCGGCAGCAUGGGAACCAGCCUUGGCCAUGUUGCAUCAACUAGAGACGGGUGCUUUCGGCAUUCAGCCAACAGUGCACCAUUACGGCGCGGUCGCUAGCUGCCUGGAGUUUGUCAAAAACUGGGAAAAGGCCUUGGCCUUGAUGCGAUCCUUGCAGUCCCGUGGACUGAUGCCCAGUGUGCAGUUUUGUGGGGCCAUUAUAACUGCGUGUGAGAAGUCCUGUCAGUGGGAGCGGGCCCUUUCGCUUCUCAGACGCAUGGGCGAAUUGUCCGCAGGUCCCGAUGUUAUGGCUUUUAACACGUCUAUAGCAGCUUGCGGAAAGGGUCGGCGAUGGAAAGAUGCCGUGUUGCUGUUGGCAGAGAUGUCAUCGUCGGAACUGUUACCGUCUGUGGUCAUGAGUGCUCUGGAGAGAUCUAGGCAGUGGAUGCUGGCCGUUAUGAUCAUGGAUGGAAUCCUUGCACGCGGAUUGGAAGCCGACUACAUCACAUGGAAUUCGGUUAUCAGUGCAUGUGAGUCGGGCUCGCAGUGGGCACAGGCACUGCGCAUGUUGCACAGAGCCCGCUUGUGUUUCGUUGCGGACCCGAGUGGCAUGCCGCAGAAGCUGAAGCGUGGCACGAAUUCGGUCAUAAGCGCCUGUGGUAAAGCAAGCCGAUGGCCUUUGGGAGUCCAACUUCUGCGCAUGAUGCGAGAGGAUGGACCUGAUGGAACCCAGGACCAUGUCAAGCAGCCGGCCAUGGACAUGGACAUUCUCUGCUUCAAUUCUUUGCUGCUUCAUAUGAAUGGUGCCCACUGGAAGACUGCAGCGUGCCUGCUGCAAGAGAUGGUCCUUCUCAAGCUUUCAGCGGAUUUGACGACGUACAGGGGUUGUACUAUUGCUUUCCAGGAAGGCGCCUGCCACAGUAGAUUCUAUUAUCAAAUCGCCCAGUCUGCUGUUGAACUUCCCCGCGCUCUUCGCAGUGUCGAAAGAUUCCGGCAGGAGGAGCAUGCCAUUGAAGUGGCGCUGACUGCGAGUCGGCUGAGAGGGCUACACUGCUUGCCCCUUCAGGCAGAUCGGAUCAUCCAACGCGUCGUCGAGGCCCCGGCCAGGGCCUCCUUGUCGCUCCUUUCGCUCCGGUCUGAGUUCUUCAGACACUGCAGCGCUCCAAUGGCUUUUGAUCCGGUGAAGGGCCGCUACUUGAAGAUAGAUGCCGAAACAAACUCGUAUAUCGAUUGUGAUGUUCCUCACGACCCCAUCGAGUACUCGGUGUCGGUGAGCGUCGGUGCUUCGUUGGUUGGACAAACUGACGAGGAUCUCAAUGCGCCGGACAGGCCCAGAACCAUGCUGCUCAAGGAAUUGGUCAAGACUGGUGCUGCCAUGAAGACUCCGUUGUUCUUCCUGGACCAGCCGGCGGCGUGUUUUGCAAUGUUUGACGGGGUGCGUGGUGGGGCAGCUGUGGAGUGGUGUUCGAAACAUUUGCACACCAAGCUCCUCCCGCAACUGAGCGCGUCGAUCACCUACUGGCAUGAUGCGGACCUGAGGGGGCUCCUUCGGUCGAUACUGUCGGAGUUGGAUGUCCAGCUUGUGCAGCAGGCCGGUUGCUGCUGGGAAGGUGUUUCCAUCGCAGUGGCUUUGCUGCUCGGAGAUCGCUUAGUCGUAGCAAGUUUGGGUGGAACCCACGCCUUGGUUGCUGCCCCAGACGGUCGCUGGCGGUCUCUGGAUGGGAGACAUGUAGCAUCUUCGGCAGAGGAGCAAGCUCGCAGCAAGGCGCUUGGUGCCGAGAUUGUCGGAGAAGAAAAAGGUAAAGGAGUCGUCGGUGCCCCUUUUGUGCAAAAGGCGGUGAAGGCAAGAGACUGGCAAGUGGUUGAAGAUGCCACUGCAGAAGAGGAGGUCGCGAGAGUUCUCGACCGGACAUCGGACUGUUUCGCUACUUUGGGUCUCGGACCAGAGGACAAGAUCGACGGCAAGGCAGCUCGCUCGUGCUACAAAAAGCUGGCCCUCAAGGUGCAUCCAGACAAAGCUCCGGAGGAGCUUAAGGCACGAGCCAAAGCGGCUUUCGAAAAAGUGGAGAAAGCAGCUGCAGACGUUGAAGCAUUCUGCGAAACAGAUGUGGAGGCGACCGAAUGCCUCCAUCGCAUCCUCCAUGCUGCCGGGCCAAAAAGAGCCUCCAUGUUGCGA